AUGUCGGACAAGAUCACCUCCAUUCCCCAAGCCAAACCACUCCUCCCCAACUGGGUCCCCAAGAUUGGCGGCAACACGCUCCAGUUCGCCGCCAAUGCCAGCAACCCAUGGCCAUACUUCAAGAAACUAGCCGAGCAAGACGGGCAUGGUGAGAUCUUCCAGGCCAAGGUCGGCCCAAAGACUAUCGUCUUUAUCACGGGUCAUAAACUUGUGGAAGAAGUGUGCAAUGAGCAGCGCUUUCGCAAGCAGGUCACCGCGCCCAUCAAGGAGAUUCGAACAGCGGUCAAUGUCGCACUCUUCACAGCUGACCAGAAUUCUCCUCAGUGGCUGGUCCACCACAACAUAAUUGCGCCGAAGCUCACGCCGGAAUCAUGCGAGCAUCUCUUUGGUGACUUCCUCAACACGACCAAUGAGCUUUUCGACUUGUGGAGGGACAAAGCUCCAGGUGCCGAGAUCGAGCCUCUGGUUCAGCUGGAUCGACUCAAUCUCGAGGCGACAACGCUGUCGCUAUUUGGAAAGAAGCUCAACUGUCUCGAAACCGGCCACUACAUGCUGGGGGCAAUGGAUACGGGGACCGGAGAAGCCGUGCAACGCCCAAACAGAAAGCUUCCAUGGCAAAAGUUCAUGAACAAGAACAAGCUCGACAUAGCCACAGACGAGAUGAGGACCUACGCCCAAGACUUGAUCGACUACAGGCGACAAAACCCCACAGAUCGGAAAGAUCUUCUUGCAGCCAUGCUGAGCGCUACUGCAACCGACCCCGAGACCAACGUACCCAGAAAGAUGCGUAACGUUUCGAAGACGGAUUCUGAAGUCGUGGACGAGAUCGUGUCCAUGCCCAUCGGGAGCAGCACCGCCCCUUGCGCCAUUGCUGGGGGCAUGUACUACCUCGCGAACGACCCCGCAGUCAUGGCUGCAGCUCGGAAGGAACUUGACGCCGUGGUCGGGGACUACGAACUCACCUACGAAAAUGUGAGCAAAUUGAAGUACAUUGAGGGCAUUGUUCGCGAGUCGCUGCGUCUUUCCUUCGCGGCACCCGGCUUCAACAUCGAGCCACUCCCUCAUUCCAAGGGAGACACUGCCCCAGUGACUCUGGCUGGAGAGAAGGGCAUGUACCAGAUACCCCACGACCAGGGAAUGAUUGUCGUUCUGGCUGGCGCAAGCCGAGACGAAGCCUUCUUUGGCAAGGACGGCGUCCUAUUCAAGCCAGAGAGAAUGGUUGGGGAGAAGUACGACAAGCUCCCGGAGGGAGUCAAGAAAUACUAUGGCAAUGGCAGAAGAGAGUGCAUCGGAAAGCACUACGCAUGGCUGUGGCAAAUGGUUGUGAUGGCGAAGUUGAUCAAGGAGUUCGACUUUGAGUUGGUUGACCCGAACUACAAACUGCACCAUUACGGGUGGUUCAACGAGCGGCCCAUCGGUUUUUGGGUGAAAAUUUCCCCAAGGAAGGGCACGAAGAAGUAUUCCUUGUAG